AUGUCAUUUGAUACUGUCGACAAAGUCAAUCGAGAAUUUGAACGUGCCUACAACAAUGGUCAAGUUAAAGAAGCCGUUGCAACAUAUUCAAAUGAUGCUCGGUUAUUCGCAACAGACAAGCAAGUCUACGAAGGUUUAAGUCAAAUCGAAAAAUAUUACACGGAAGCACGCUCAGCUGGUAAUUCCAAAGUCGAAUUACAUACAGGACAAGUCAUUCCAUGCGGUCCUGAUCAUCUGGUUGAAGUUAGUCAAUAUAAGAUCAACACCGAUGGCGGAAACUACGUUGUUGUCUGGAAAAAGGAUGGCGGACAAUGGAAAAAGAUCAUUGACAUCUUUAACUAA